GGAGCCUCAGAGUUUCAGAGCCUCAGAGUGCUCAUGGAGUCCGUCAGGCUGCUGGUCCUGGUUCUGGCUCUCCUCUGGUCUCCAGGUGCCUCAGGGCUCCGGUUCAUCGGGGACCUGAGGAUGGAUCUCUCGGCGGUGAUCCGCCGCGUGGACCGGAGCUUUCUGUCCGUCACCGUCGAUGCGAGUCUGGCUGCGGAGGAGAAGUUCAUGUCCCUGCUGAGCUCUGCAAAGGUCAGGACGCUGGCCAAAGCUUUGAGUCCAUCUUUCCUGAGGUUUGGGGGGACGAGACAAGACUUCAUGGAGUUCAGUCCUCAGAGGUCUCAUCAGGACUCAGGAUCCACUGAAGAUGAGUCAUGUGAUCAGCUGGAGCUGCCGUCGUGGCUGGAGAACCAGCUGAAGAAGGCCUGGACCAAACAGCAGCUGACCCUGAUGAGAGAAGAUCUGCACAGGAAGUACAGACGAGUGAAGUUCACAGAGGACACGGUGGACCUGCUGAACUCCUUCUCCGUCUGCUCCGGGAUGGAUCUGAUCUUCGGUCUGAACGCUCUGCUCAGAACCGACGACAACAUCUGGAACAGCAGCAACGCCGGUUCUCUGCUGCAGUACUGUGAGUCCAGACGGUACCGGAUGUCCUGGGAGCUUGGUAACGAACCAAACAGCUACGAGAAGAAGGCGGGGGUCCGAGUGGACGGCCUCCAGCUGGGGCGGGACUUCUCCCGUCUCAGAGAGAUGAUGUCACAGUCCGAGUUCUACCGCGGCGCCGGGCUGUUUGGGCCGGACGUGGGUCAGCCUCGAGACCGCCGGGUCGACCUUCUGGAGGGGUUCCUGAAGACUGGAUCUGAGGCCGUGGACGCCAUUACCUGGCACCAUUAUUAUGUGAACGGCAGAGACACGUCCUUGGAGGAUUUUCUGGAUCCGGAGGUUCUGGACUCUCUGGCCUUGAAGACCAAAGAGGUCCUGGAGAAAGUGAGGCUGGUUUCUCCGGAGAAGCCGGUGUGGCUCGGAGAGACGAGCUCGGCGUACGGCGGAGGAGCGGUCGGACUGUCGGACACGUUCGCCGCAGGAUUCAUGUGGUUGGAUAAACUGGGCCUGGCAGCUAAACUGGGACUGGAUGUUGUGAUGCGGCAGGUUUUCAUUGGCUCUGGCAGUUAUCACCUGGUUGAUGAAAACCUGGAUCCUCUUCCUGAUUAUUGGUUGUCGGUUCUCUACAAGAGACUCGUUGGACCGGAGGUUCUGAAAGUAGAGUUUUCCAGCGUUGCUCAAAGGAAGCGAGUCAGGCUGUAUCUGCACUGUGCCAACAGGAAGAGCUACCAAAGCGGAGCGGUCACGUUGAUCUCCAUGAACCUCAGUCAGAAGCCGGUCUGGAUCUCGGUUCCUGCCCGGGUCUCCUCCAGCACAGUGGAGGCGUUUGUGCUGCAGUCGGACCGGCCGGAGGAGGAGGGGCUCUACUCCAGGUGUGUGACGCUGAACGGAGUCGUGUUGAAGAUGGUGGACGAUAGAACUCUUCCCGACCUUAAAGGAACUCGUCUUCCUCCAGAUGAACAUCUGCAGCUUCCUGCCUUCUCUCUGGCCUUCUUCGUGCUCACAGACGCUGGAGCUCCAGCCUGUAAGUGAGCCGCCAGGUGACUCCUCACCUGUCCUGGUCCCAGCAGGUGACUCCUCACCUGUCCUGGUCCCAGCAGGUGACUCCUCACCUGUCCUGGUCCCAGCAGGUGAGACGCUGACAUCAUCACCUGUCCUGGUACCUGAAGACUGUGAACAUAUGAUGAUGAUGAUGAUGAUGAUGAUGAUGAUGAUGAUGAUGAUGAUGGUGGAGUUUAUUAUUUAUAGAAAAUAUUUUUGUUGUGUUAAUAAAGUUUUCUUUCCUUAUUUAAUUUUCGCUCUGAUAUUCUUCUG